CAGAUUGAGGUAAUUCCCUGUAAGAUCUGUGGGGAUAAAUCAUCAGGAGUUCACUAUGGAGUCAUCACCUGCGAGGGUUGCAAGGUGAGACUGCAGCACUACACACCUCAUUUCACUCUGACCAAGCAGACAUAACAAACCGUGUGGUCAGAUGACUUAUUUCCAGUGGUUUCAUUGGUUAUGUCAAUGGUCCUCUCUCCCCCUCAGGGUUUUUUCCGGCGUAGCCAGCUGCCGUCCGUGUCCUACUCCUGUUCCAGACAGAGUAACUGUCCUAUAGACAGAGCCAGCCGCAACCGCUGCCAGAGCUGCCGAUUGCAGAAGUGUGUGAACCAGGGCAUGAGCCGGGAUGGUGAGACACGCACGCACACAUAAAAAACUAAGAUGUCUCCUGGUAAAAUAAAGGUUGAAUAAAUACACACUUGACUUUAUAUAAGGGUAAUUCAACUCAACUCCACCACCAACUGUUUUUGUUUCCCCAGCUGUGAAGUUUGGUCGGAUGUCAAAACGUCAGCGGGACUCUCUGAAUGCCGAGGUGGAGAGACACCGUCAGCAGCAGCAGCAUCUCCAGGCAGAGGCCCAGCCAGCCCUGCCCUACCCAAGCAAGGCACGCCGUAACCGGUCACCCCACCUGCUCCAGCCCCUGGCUUCGGCCUACUCCUUCCCUGGAGAGCCAGAGCUGCCACCCUGCCCGACAGAUGUGCUCCCCUACCUGGUGUGCUCCCCAGGCGAGUCCCAGGCCCCAGGUCUGGCCUACCAGGGCUCCUGUGUGUCUCCUGGCAGUGGGCACUCAUACGAAAGAGGUAAGGGACACAUACACACACACGAAACACAUAAUCAGACUAGCACUGUUUAAUAUCUAUUACCCCCCUUCCCCCUUCUCACUACCUCUUCUUCAGGGUUCGACUCCCGUCAGCCGUCUCCUGACCAGACGAUAGGGAUGGGAAUUAGAUCCUAUGACCCAGACGAAUCCUAUUUCCCCUCCCUGCUACACAUAGAAGAGCUGUGUGGCAGUAUCAUGCGCUCCCAUAGGGACACCAGUCAGUUCAGACUGGAGGAACUGCAGGCUCUGAGAUGGAAGUUGUUCAGCAGAGAGGAGAUCCAUGCCUACCAGAGCAAGGUACUGUAUCAACACAUCACUGGUCUCAUAUAAAUCAUCAUCAGUCAGUCGUCAGUAAAAAAUAAGGGUUUUAUUAAUAAGUUAAAAUAACUCUGACCCCUGAACUCAAGUGAAGGCAUCCUGUCUCUCUCUUCUCCUUCUCACCUCUUUUUUGGAAUUCCCACUCCCCUCACAUCUCUCUUUUUCUCCUGUCUCCCCCUCUCCCUCCCUCACUUUCUCUCUCUCCCUCCCUCUCCUUCCCUCCCUCCCUCUCCCUCCCUGUCCCUUUCGCUCCCCCUUCCUCUCCCUCCCUCCCUCCCUUCCUCCCUCCCCCUCCCUCCCUCUCCUUCCCUCCCUCUCCCUCCCUGUCUCCCCCUUCCUCUCCCUCCCUCCCCCUCCCUCUCCUCCCGCUGUCUCCAGUCAGUAGAUGAGAUGUGGCAGCACUGUGCCAUGAGGCUGACUGAAGCGGUACAGUACGUGGUGGAGUUUGCCAAACGCAUCCCAGGGUUCCGUGGGCUCGGCCAGAACGACCAGAUCACCCUGCUGAAGACUGGUGAGCCGAACCCACUUGUCAAUCACUCCUUAAUCUACUAUCAUCUCUCCCCUCUCUCAACAAAAGUCUUCCUGUAAGAAGUGCACAUUGCCAUUACUAAAUCUUCUCUCCCCCCCCCCUCUCUCUCUCCCUCCCUCCCUCCAUCUCUCUCGCUCUCUCUCAGGUUCGAUGGAGGUAGUUCUGGUCAGAAUGAGCAGGUGUUUUAACACAGAGAACAGCACCGUCUUCUUCGAUGGGAAGUUUGCCAGCACUGAACUUUUCAAGUCUCUGGGUAAGUCCAUUGGUUCCUAGUCUUAGCUAUUGAAUGGAUGCUACUGUGCCCUCCGUAAUUAUUGGGACAGUGAAGGAUGUUCUAUUCUUAUGGCUCUAUACUCCAGAAGUUUGGAUUUGAAAUCAAACAAUGACUAUGAGGUUAAAGUGCAGACUGUCAGCUUUAAUUUUAGGGUGUUUUCAUCUGUAUUGGGUACAUACGGUGCAUUUGGAAAGUAUUCAGACCCCUUGACUUUUUCCACAUUUUGUUACCUUACAGCCUUAUUCUAAAAUAGAUUAAAAUAUUUUUUUUCCUCAUCGAACUACAAACAAUAACCCAUAAUGACAAAGCAAAAACAGGUUUUUAGACAUUUUAGCAAAUGUAUAUUAAAAAAAAGAUACCUUAUUGUGGUCCUCUGUAGCUCAGCUGGUAGAGCACGGCGCUUGUAACGCCAAGGUAGUGGGUUCGAUCCCCGGGACCACCCAUACACAAAAAAAAAUUAUGCACGCAUGACUGUAAGUCGCUUUGGAUAAAAGCGUCUGCUAAAUGGCAUAUUAUUAUAUUAUAUUCAGACCCUUUGCUAUGAGACUCGAAAUUGAGCUCAGCUGCAUCCUGUUUCCAUUUAUCAUCCUUGAGAUCUUUCUACAACUUGAUUGUAGUCCACCUGUGGUCAAUUCAAUUGACUGGACAUGAUUUGGAAAGGCACACACCUGUCUAUAUAAGGUUCCACAGUUGACAGUGCAUGUCAGAGCAAAAACCAAGCCAUGAGGUCGAAGGAAUUGUCCGUAGAGCUCCGAGACAGGAUUGUGUCAAGUCAUAGAUCUGGGGAAGGGUACCAAAAUAUUUCUGCAGCAUUGAAGGUCUCCAAGAACACAGUGGCCUCCAUCAUUCUUAAAUGGAAGAAGUUUGGAACCACCAAGACUCUUCCUAGAGCUGGCCGCACGGCCAAACUGAGCAAUCGGGGGAGAUGGGCCUUGGUCAGGGAGGUGACCAAGAACCCGAUGGUCACUCUGACAGAGCUCCAGAGUUCCUCUGUGGAGAUGGGAGAACCUUCCAGAAGGACAACCAUCUCUGCAGCACUCCACCAAUCAGGCCUUUAUGGUAGAGUGGCCAAACGGAAGCCACUCCUCAGGAAAACGCACAUGACAGCCCUCUUGGAGUUUGCCAAAACGCAACUAAAGGACUCUCAGACCAUGAGAAACAAGAUUCUCUGGUCUGAUGAAACCAAGGUUGAACUUUUUGGCCUGAAUGCCAAGCGUCACGUCUGGAGGAAACCUGGCACUAUCCCUACAGUGAAGCAUGGUGGUGGCAGCAUCAUGCUGUGGGGAUGUUUUUCAGCAGCAGGGACUGGGAGACUAGUCAGGAUAGAGGGAAAGAUGAACGGAGCAAAGUACAGAGAGAUCCUUGAUGAAAACUUGCUCCAGAGCGCUCAGGAUCUCAGACUGGGGCAAAGGUUCACCUUCCAACAGGACAACGAUCCUAAGCACACAGCCAAGACAAUGCAGGAGUGGCUUCGGGACAAGUCUCUGAAUGUCCUUGAGUGGCCCAGCCAGAGCCCGGACUUGAACCCAAUCAAACAUCUCUGGAGAGACCUGAAAAUAGCUGUGCGGCGACGCUCCCCAUCCAACCUGACAGAGCUUGAAAAGAUCUGCAGAGAAGAAUGGGAGAAACUCCCCGAAUACAGAUGUGCCAAGCUUGUAGUGUCAUACCCAAGAAGACUCUUGGCUGUAAUCGCUGCAAAAGGUGCUUCAACAAAGUACUGAGUAAAGGGUCUGAAUACUUAUGUAAAUGUGAUAUUUCAGUUUUUUUUUUUUUUAUAUACAUUUGCACAAAUUUCUACUAACCUGUUUUUGCUUUGUCAUUAUGGGGUAUUGUAUGUAGAUUGAUGAGGGGGAAAAAACAAUUUAAUCAAUUUUAGAAUAAGACUGUAACAAAAUGUGGAAAACGUCAAGGGGUCUGAAUACUUUCCGAAUGUACUGUAGCACCCCCAUUUUAGGGGACCAAAAUUAUUGGGACAAAUUCACUUAUAUGUGUAUUAAAGUAGUAAAAAUGUAAAUGUAAGUAUUUGGUCCCAUAUUCCUUGCAUGCAAUGACUACAUCAAGCUUGUGACUCAAAAAAUGUGUUGGACGCAUUUGCUGUUUGUUUUGGUUGUGUUUCAGAUUAUUUUGUGCCCAAUAGAAAUGAAUGGUAAAUAAUGCAUUGUGUCAUUUUGGAGUCACUUUUAUUGUAAAGAAUAUGUUUGCAAACACUUAUACAUUAAUGUAGAGGCUGUAUGAUAUUUGUGCGUAUAGAGCCAAAAUAAUAAAAAAUCCUUCCCUGUCCCAAUAAUUACGGAGGACACUAUCUCAUAUUAGCUUAGGCAAUUGGUUCCUAGUCUUAGUGAUGCUAACUAUGCUAACUGUGUUGUUGCAGGCUGUGGCGAUCUGAUUGUGGCGGUGUUUGACUUUGCUCACAGUAUGUGUGCCCUGAGACUGACUGAGCAGCAGAUGGCUCUCUUCAGCUCACUGGUGCUCAUUAACCCAGGUAAGACACACAAAUGCACACACAUUCUGUAAAAUGAUACUGCAGAUAAUCUUAGUACAGUAAAGUCAUAGAUCACUAAAGUCAUAGAACAGUAAAGUCAUAGAACAGUAAAGUCAUAGAUCAGUAAAGUCAUAGAACAGUAAAGUCAUAGAACAGUAAAGUCAUAGAUCAGUAAAGUCAUAGAAUAGUAAAGUCAUAGAACAUCAUAUAAAUAAUAUAUUUUAAUAUUUUUCCUGUGUGUGUAGAUCGCCCCUGUCUUGAGGAUGGAGGCAGAGUACAUAGAAUGAGGAGAGACUUGGACAGAUGCCUCAGACACAUGCUACACAGAGACAACCAGGAGAGCCUUCUGAACAAGGUAACACACACAGGCACUCGCACAUACACACGCGCACAUACACACUCACACACUCACAGACUCACGCAUUCAAGUUUGAGAGAGUAGUGAGUGUUUACCCUCUAUGACAUCACUGGAUACAGUGUGUAGAACUGUCAUUGACUAGCUGUGUGUGUGUGUUGUCCCCAGCUCUACCAGAAGGUGUCAGUGUUGCAGUCUCUGUGCAGUCUGCAUGUGGAGAAGCUGAUCUGGUUCAGCCAGCGCUACCCGCUCACCGUCCACUCUGUCUUCCCUCCUCUAUACAAGGAGCUGUUCACCUCCGACCUGCCUUCUGUGGACUCCCUCUGAACUCUCUCUGAACUGCACCGUACAUGUUGACAGAUAAUUAGACAAAGAAACAUGCAUGCAGUAGUAGACAGACACACACACACAAACACACACAGACACACAGACA